AUGAAUGUAGGUAUCUGUGUGUGUGUCCUCCUGGCUGCUCUGUCCAGCGGUUCCCUGAGUCUGCCCUCACAGUCCAUCCCCCAGAGAGCUGAGGGUGAGGCUCUCCUGUCAGACAACCUGCCCUCCCCUUCACCCAACCACACGCGCCAAGUCCGCUCAGCUCCAGCGCCCCCCUCAGGGCAGCUCGCCGACUACAACCAACCCCAGGAGGACACAGACCCUAGAAACGGCCUGAGCCAGCUACUGGCCAGACUCCUCUCCAGGAAAGGCUCUCCCCACCAGGCCAGAUCCUCCCUCACCAGCAGAGCCAGUGGUCUGUCCCCGGCCCACAGGAUAAAGGACAGAGAUUAUCUCGGCUGGAUGGACUUUGGGAGACGAAGUGCAGAGGAAUACGAAUACUCCUCCUAA